AUGAGGAUUCUGCUGGCACUUGCGUUCGUGGCCGUGGCCUCUGCCGCCACUCGUGGAUACGGCGGCGGGUUCGGAGGACGACCCAUCAUUGGAGGAGGACGACCGAUCAUUGGCGGAGGACGACCAAUCAUCGGAGGAGGACGACCAAUCAUCGGAGGAGGUCGACCGAUCAUCGGCGGUGGCGGGUUCGGCCACGGCGUUGGUAUUGGUCAGGGCGUCGGAAUUGGUUCUGGCGUUGGUAUUGGCCAUGGCGUUGGAAUUGGUCAUGGCGUCGGUAUUGGUCACGGGAUCGGUCGCCCCGUAAUCGGUCACGGAAUUGGCCGCCCUGUGAUCGGUCACGGUAUUAGCCGCCCCGUGGUCGGCGGGUUCGGAGUCGCAUCCAGCAGUGUGCUGGUCGGUGGCCACCGUCCGUACGGAUACCGUCCGUACCGUCCGUACGGAUACGGCAGGAGCGCCGAUAGCGACAUCAAGGCCGAGGAAGAGUAA